AUGGCUACAAGCUCCGGAACAACCGAAAGAUUUAAAGAGAAUACACCCGGGUGUAGGGAAACUAAAGCGCCUUGUUUCUCCUCUAGGCUUGAUGAACAAGGUGAAGAGGAUAGGCCAGAUUUAGGAGAAACUGGAGAUGGCACUGCCGAGACACCUCCGUUAGACCGAAUGGAUGGUGGUGAUAUGAUUAAGGAGCCAAAAGCGGGGAUGGAGUUUGAUUAUUUUGAGGAAUUAAUGAGCUAUUAUAAGAUAUAUGCUAAGAAAUGUGGGUUUGGAUCCAUGACACAAAGGAGUGAAAGGGAUGACGAAGGGAGUGUCAGAUAUGUCACUCUUGGUUGUACUCGUGGGGGGAAAGCUAGGAAUAGGACAAUGAAUGUCGCCAAACCACGCCCGACAGGAAACACUGACUGUAAGGCAAGGAUUAAUGCCUUAAAAGUUAAGGGGAAGAUGAGGUUGACCACUGUUCAUAAUACCCACAAUCACGGACUGAGUCCACAGAAAUCUCGUUUCUUCCGAUGUAAUCACGAAGUUAGUGAGACUGUAGAAAGGGUACUUGAUACUAACGACAUAGCUGGCAUUCGAAUGAACAAAAGUUUCGGAUCUCUUGUUGUGGGUGCGGGAGGAUUUGAGAAUCUCCCAUUUUUGGAAAAAGAUUGUUGCAAUUACAUCGAUAAGGUAAGACAUCUACGACUUGGAGCAGGUGGUAUUGGAGCACUUCAAGACUAUUUUUGUAGAAUGCAGUACAAGAACCCCGGAUUCUUUGCCUUGAUGGAUUUAGAUGAUAAUGGGAGAUUAAAGAAUGUCUUUUGGGCAGAUCCACGCAGUAGGGCAGCUUAUCAAGAUUUUGGUGAUGUGGUAACAUUUGACACCACGUACUUUACAAACAGAUACGGGAUGCCCUUUGCUCCCUUUGUUGGUGUAAACCAUCAUGGGCAGUCCAUUCUCUUGGGAGCAGGGUUAAUUUCCAGUGAGGACACAGAGACUUUUACUUGGUUAUUUCGGACUUGGCUGCAGUGUAUGGAUGGUAUAGCCCCGCCAGCUAUUAUUACUGACCAAGACAGAGCAAUGAAAAAUGCUAUUGCCAUUGUAUUUCUGAAAACCCGACAUAGAUUUUGCCUUUGGCAUAUAUUAAAAAAAGUUCCCGAGAAGCUUGGCUCCCAUCGUGCCUACAAAAGUGGCCUGAAAACUCAACUGAUGAAAUGUGUGUAUGACACUCAAACUAUUGAAAAAUUUGAGAUAUCGUGGAAAGAGGUAAUUAGCACGUACAACUUGGAAGAAAAUGUUUGGUUGCAAAGUUUGUACGUUGAGCGCACACAUUGGGUACCAGUAUUUUUGAAGGAGUAUUUUUGGGCUGGCAUGAGUACAACACAACGGAGCGAAAGCAUGAAUGCAUUUUUCGACGGAUAUGUUCAUGCGAAGACAAACUUGAAGGAGUUUGUCGACCAAUACGACAAUGCGUUGAGAAAGAAAAUCGAGAAUGAAAUCAGUUCAGACUUCCACUCAUUUAGCGUUACGAUACCAUGCAUCUCUAGAUCUCCAAUCGAGAAGAGAUUCCAAGAGUUGUACACGAAUGCAAAAUUCAGGGAAGUUCAGCAGCAAGUUAUGGGUGUACUCGAUAUGGAUCCUUCUCUACUUAGAAGGGAUGGUGUGAAGAAGACCUACUUGGUAGAAGAUGAAAUUUCUGUUGAGGAGUUCACAAAACAUGUUACAGUACUUGCUUAUGCACCAGUUUAUUUAUGCACCAAUUUUGGCUCUUGA